AUGAACCGUGCUACCUACAUUCGCCAAAGGAGGGCAGCUGGCCUUCCAGAUGAAGGAGGGUCUUCAUCAAUGCAAUUUCCUGGAAAUCUGCCUCAACGCGAGAAGGCUAUUGAAGAAUUAUACGAGGCUUUACAGUUUCUUGAGAAUGAGUUGAAGGAUAAGUUUUUUGGAGGAGACAAGAUUGGCUUUGUGGAUAUUGCUGCUCUUUUCAUACCUUUAUUUCAAGAAGUGGCAGAGAAGCAGUUAUUUACAAGUGAUACAUUUCACAAGCUACACAAAUGGAGUCAAGAUUUUUACAACCAUCCAGUCGUCAAAGAAACUAUGCCUUCAAAAGAACAACAAUUUGCGUAUUUUAAAGCUCGCGCUGCAAGCCUUGCUGCUCCAUCAAAAUAG